CAAUUUCAACACGUCCGCUGAACUGAGACAAGUGCCAUUGGAUAAAAACCCAUGGCCCUGCGGCUCUCGGCCAUUUGCCGCAAAUGGCGCUGGGCCUGUCCACGGGAUUUGAUCGCGCCGUCGGUGGCGGUGACCGACCGCGCCAACGACGCCAUCCGGCAGUUCAACAAGUUCCGCCGUUUGGCACGGCAGAACGGCGACAUCCAGCGAGCGGCGCGCACCGUGCGACGAGAGUUUCCCACAGACACUCGGGUCAUCAACCGGCAGAACCAGGUGUACUUUGCGAAAUGGCACUACAUGAAGUAUUGCACCCAGGUGAUCCAGUAUGCAAUCAGGAAGAAAUUGCCUUCCGGCGAGACCUUGCGCUUGCGCUUGGACAUCGAGGAUGAGAAUGCCAUGACCCAGAAGCCCUUCGCUCCUAGCGGUCUUGGGCAAGUUAGCCCAGAGAUGGCUAAAGCUCAAGAGCAGCGGAUGGACAAGCAGCAAGAGCUCCGGGAGACGCAGCAGGCCUACGAUGAGCAGUCAUUGAGAGAGAUCAUGGCAAGUGAUGCUCUACGAUGAUCAGGAUCACAUCUUAGGGGUUGUGAGUUCCCGACGUUCAAGGAUCAAAACUCGGUUCUGACAAUCCAGACUCGGACGAGGAUGCGGACGAGACUUUUCUCUUGGUGUUUUUUCAUGUCAAUCUCCUAAUCUUGAGGGAAACCCAGAGGGUG